AGAAAAAAAAGAUUAGAGAGUAGCUAUUCAAGUACAGCUUUGCAAGAGAAACUUGGUUUUCUAACAAAGAUGAGGCCGCCAUAUUGUAGCGAUCGUCUACAACUCCCCGUUCAACUUUGGGAAGCUUCCUUGAGGAAAAGACCACAUGGCCGCCGAUGUCAUCAGAUUCCCGUCGACCAUUCCGUCAUGCCUCGUUUUACUCCUGCUUCUGCUCGGAACAGCACUUUCUCGAGGCGAACGCGAUUGGUACCGACCUCGCCCCGAACCGAGAAUGUCACGCGGAGGGCGACCACCGAGACACCACGGCUCUGGGGUCAUUCCAGUUCCCAUGGAAUGCCCGUGGCUCACUGAAGCGUUGCGCAACUGCGCGGUAACCAUGAAGGAUACGUGGCGAUUUCAACACGUCACGCGCGAAAUAAGAACUGACCGUUUUAUCAGGGGUCUCCUCAUCUGCUUGACCGUAAGAAGCGUUGAAGCGCCGGAUAAGAUCUACUGCACCGACAGAGAGUCCGUACAUAUCUUCAACUCUUGCAUAAACGAGACUCUCUCCGGACAAAGCAGGGCUCGCCGACAAGAAGCCACACUACUUCUCAAUGAAAUGGAGGAAUGCCUGCACUACUUUCAUUACGAUAAAUUGAGCCAGCUAAGACACAGGACAGUGGCACAUCGCCUCUCAUGACCUCGUCGUCCGUUUUCGUUUGCUCCGAAAAAAGAACGAAAAAAAGACAACGUGACAUAUCAGGAAAGUGCACGCAAAUAAACCACAUGAGGCUACAGCGCCUCAUUUCGCUCAGUCCAUGGUUUCGUCGAUAUUUCCUAUCUUUUUCGUUCUACUGAUAAAAUUAACAAUAAAGAACACCCAAUAAUUUUUCA